AUGGCCGCCAACGAGCCGCUACUGGGACAAGCUUCAACAGACGAUGUAAACAUGACCGAUGCUCAGUCCGACCAACCAACUCAACAACACCACCUAACAAGCCAUCACCACAUCCCCGACCGUCCCCCUCACCCCGUCUCUCCCGUUCCGAUUCCCCAGAUCCCCGGCCGUCCAAGUCCCACAGGGGCACACCCCACGGCAAACCAAGGACCCAGCGCGAUCCGCAGCACGGCCCCUGCAACGAACGGCUCGACGACAACCGAAGACCAACAAUCACAACCACUACCACCGUAUCAGCAGCGGGCUGGUUCGUCACGAGCUGCUUCUGCGCACCCACAGGAUUCUGGUCAGGGUCAGCAACAGGGACCGGGAUUAAUGGGUACAGCAGGCAUGCCCACGGAGCCGACACUUCACGGCGCGCCGGUGAGGCAGUACUUGAAUACGAAGGUGACGGGACAUUUAUUGGAGGGGAUGAAGAUGUUGGCUAAGGAGCAACCAAAAGACCCCCUCCGAGCCCUAGGCGAAUUCCUCCUCCAGCGAUCUAAACAGUAUGAGGGUGGUGGUGCAAAUGGUAGUUUAACUAGCGCAUAG